GGGCUUUCGGUGGGUGUCGGGAGCGGCGCUCCUUUGGUUAAGGUAUACGCUGCGGUAGGAAACUCUCGGAUAAAGCAGGCAGCCUUGGGUGGAGAGCAUUAAGGCUCAUCGCAGUAAGUGAAUUGUCACUGAAUGCACUGCCUUGCGUGGAUCAUCUUCUAUGAAGGUCAUGUGAACAACAUUGCUGUCCGGAGAUUUGCAGUUCUGUCAUCAUCUUCCUGCUGAUUUGAAAACAAGAUGACAUGUCUCUUGAUUUGAAAAAAAAAUUCACAAUUUCAGAAAGAUGUGCAUUGUUUUGGCUAAGGUCUGCAGUAAGUACUGAUGUUUCUGACACCUCACUGUUGCUUGCAGUAAGCUAGAGCUGACCUUUUAUGCAGCAAUGUCUUACGGACAAAUGGAGGACGAUCGCUUCAGCUACCGCUCUCAACCUCGGGACUUCAAUGCUCUCAUUCAAACGUGCAGUGCCAACAUACAGAAGAUCUCUCAGAAUACUGCACAGAUAACUACAAUUGUGCAACAACUAGGAACGCAACAAGAUACAAGCGAACUUCAGGACAGGCUGCAACAGCUGCAACACUAUACAAACCAACUUGCCAAGGAAACCAAUAAACACCUGAAGGAGCUUGGAUCAUUGCCUUUAGCGUACAGUGAGCAGCGUCAGCAGCGAAUCCAGAAGGAACGACUCAUGAAUGAAUUUUCUGUAGCUCUGAACAACUUCCAGGCAGCACAGCGGAAAGCUGCAGAAAAAGAGAGAGAGUCUGUAGCAAGAGCAAGGGCAGCAUCACGUCUCUCAAGUGGUUUCAGUGAUGAUGAGGUCAAGGAAGAACCACUUGUAUCAUUCGAAAGCAAUGAAGACUGGAGUCAGACACAAGCUCAAUCUCAAGAGGUUGCAAUAACUGAAGAAGAUCUGGAACUCAUCAAAGAACGAGAGACAGCAAUCCGACAACUUGAGGCUAACAUCUUAGAUGUCAACCAGAUUUUUAAGGACUUGGCAAUGAUGAUCCAUGAUCAAGGAGAUAUGAUUGAUAGCAUAGAAGCAAAUGUGGAGAGUGCAGAAGUACACGUUGAACAAGGAACCCAUCAGUUGCAGAGGGCAGCAUAUUAUCAGAAAAAAUCCCGCAAGAAGUUGUGCAUCCUGAUUAUGGUUCUUGCUGUGGUUGGUGUCGUGUUGGGUCUUAUUAUUUGGUUGUCAAGCAAAUAAAGAGCUCCCAUAGAAAAUCCUGCGCAUCUGUAAAUGGGGGAAAAAAUUGGGAACUGUACACCAACAGAAGUCAAUGGACAGCUUUUUUUUCCUGUCUGUUCAGAGGGUGAGACUUUGUAUGUUGUGAGAUUUAGCACCUAGAAGUGAUUGCAUUAUUUAAUUUGUGCACAAUAAUGUAACGUUUAUCCUUUGUUUCCAUUUGUUUGUUCAUGGGAGUUCAUUUUGAUACUUGCUUAUCACAACAGAAAAAAGUCUACAAAGUUAUGUCAUCAAAUGCAUUUUGUGAUGAUGUGCAAGUGGCUUGGAUUUUCAAUGCCACUCGGCUAGAUUUUACACUUAGGGGAGUCCAAUAUGGCAAUGAUCCUUUUUUAUCAAUUUUGCAAAUCAAAAAACUAGUGUCACUGCUCUCCUCUACAUCUGGCUAAAGACCACUAUUACAUAAUUUCUCUGUUCAAUAUUUUGCCUUGUAUUUAAACAAAAGAAAAACACUAUAUAAGAUGAACUAAUGGCAAUGGAAGGUAGUUGUUUUGGCGUCUAUCAUAAUCAGACUCUACUAUGGUAGAUUUUGCAGUGAUGUAACUUUUAUUGGCAAACGUUAAAUCACUGCUUCCUGUCCAGUGAUUUAAAAGCAGAAACUAGAACCCUUGCUGCCAGGUUGGAAUUGAUCGCCAAUUUUUAAUCUUAGUUUCUCCAGCAUAAUCAAAUGCAUGUUGCAAACUAUCACAUGGAUAUCAGUCUUCCACUUAAAACUAAAUAUUUCUAAUCAUUUUCACACUUUAGUUUUCCAGUGGUAGAAUUUAGAGAUCAAGCUAAAAGGCUCAUAAUGAAGAAAAUUGAAUGAUAUAAAAUGAAUUAAUUGUUCUAAGGAUAAGAGCUAAAAUGUCUGGACUGUUGUGUGGUUCUGCAUAAAACAUUUUGUAUUUUAAUAAUUCUUUCAGUGUUAUUGCUUAAUUUCAGUUCAUGCAAAAGAAAUAGCAGGGAGUGAGGAAUCCAUUCCAAUGCUCUUAAAACUUCCUUUCAUUUGUCCUUAAAGCUAUUGGCGUCUGUCUUCCUGACACCAGCCCACCAGAGCUGUUGUCUUAUGUACUGUUUGUUUUAAGAACACUUUUUUUAAAAAUUGUGUUCUUGAUUGAACCCUCAAAUUUUAGUUCAUGAAGUAGCUCACUUGGAACAGAGGAGCAUAAACAGUCAUCUCUGUCAGAACUUUGAUUAGGAUGGCAUAUGCUUCUAGGGCAAGUUGGAUUUAUUUAAUGUAGGUGGCUUUAUGUUACUUAGGAUAUAAUAGACUUGUGAACAUUGUUCUAAUAGUAUAAAGCAUCAAAAUGUGAUUUGUGGAUUUGAAAUCCCUCCGCACUCUGCUUGGAUUUUCCUUGAUUGAUUGUUUGCAAUCUCAGAUAUAUGUAUAUAUGUUAUAUUUCAACUUUCUGAAGGACCAUGCAGGACAUUUAACUAGGUCAGUGGAAAUUGUCAAAAAUCAAUAGAACCUGUCUAUGGAACUGAAAUAUAAGUUGUCAAAUAAUCUCCAUCUUCAGGACAAGAGAUAGAUAAACAAAUAAAAGUUCAUGGAGAUCAUUUGUUUUGCCUAAUCAAUCAUGAACAUUUGCCUGCAUGAAAAUAACACCUCCAAGUGUAACAGGAUAACUUUUCCGAAUGAACUCUAAAAUUUGAAGAUCAAUCCUUGACCACCUUUUUGCACUUUUUUGCAGAAUGCAGUAGAAAUGUCCGACAACAUCAGCUUUGAAUUUUUGUUUUGAGACCAUAUUUGGUAGAAAUCUGAAACCUGAAUGUUGACUUUAAGCCAUUCCGUUCUCUGUGCUUUACCUUGUAUCAAUUACAUAUCAAUUAACAGUUUAUGAAACAAAGACAAUGUUGGCUUUCUGUUAUGAAUAAAUGUCCUCCACCCUGAUUGUGUGAUAUAUGUACAUAUUUGUAUUUGGUUUAUAAAAGCUGAGUAAAGUGCUGUUUUAUCUA